AUGGUAGAAAAUUCAACAGAUGAAGAUGUAUGUGAGCUAUUGAAUUCUUUGAUCCCAGAUUCUAUUGAAGCAACUAUCAACGAUGAAGAAGAAGAGAAUGAUGCGAAUCUGUACAGAUUAUUGGAUGAAGUUCCUGGUGGACGCAAAUUAAUGGCUCGUCUUUUUGCAUCAAAUAAUGUACUUGAUAGCGCAUCUUUAGGGACCCCAGCAAUUUCUGCAGCGAUCAUUGAGAUUGGCGAGCGAUGGUUUGAUGAAGAGAAGUUGGCAAGUUCUCAAUUGUCCACGAUGACGCUACAAUUAGAGUCACCAGUAGUUUUCUCUUGGAGUAACAACGCUACUAGAUCAUUUAAUAAGGAUAAACAUGAAGAAACGCCGAAAGAUCAAUUAAAAGAAAGUACUAAUCAAAGACUGUUUGAAAUGGCAACUGAAGAAUUUGACAAGAUCCCAAAGUUGCCGAUAUCGUGGAAGCAACUAGUUAGAGGUGAGACAAGUGCAGUAAUGGAACAUCGUUUGCGCAAUUUUGAAGACAAAGUUGCUGGAUCACCUGGAAGGCAAGACAAUAAUCUAUCAUUUUCUACCUUUAAAGUGAACCCAUUAGAGGAAUUUGUUGCGCAAGAACUACCAAGAAUGAAAAAAGAGAUGAAAGAAAAGAAGAAAUCCAAGAAAAAAGGCAUACUAUGGUUCUGGGGUAAAAAUAAAAGCCACUCAGAUAAGUUGAAAAAUAAGGGUAGCAUAGAUGUUAAUCCUAUCUCAGUCGUAGCCUUAGAUGAGCCAGUUCAAGAAUCUGGUUCCGCAGAAAAUAUUAUAAUAGAAGAUAGCUCAAAUGUUGACGAAGUGCUGAGCACGCAUUCUGAAGAUGAACUCAAAUCGAACAGUUUUGUAGCAGAAGAGAUAUCGACAAAGUCCGGCACUGCAGAAAAUACUGUGGCCACAGAAGAUCUUUUAUCAUCCUCAAAGGGAACAAGUAAGGUCUCAUCGCCAUCUCUCUCUCUUUCUCUUGACGAAGCUGCUAAUCUCAUGGAGGACGAUGGUAAGAAGGGUUUGAGCAUGAGCACGUUCGUUCCACUGCAGCCAAAGAAGAAAACGUAA